AUGGAUGCCACCCUCCUCCUGCCUGUGACUGGAAUGAUUCAGAUUCAAGCAAGAUGUGACCUGAACCUAGUGGAUUUCUGCCCACCAAUCGGAGGAUGCGCCUUAUCGCGAGCUCGAUGCGGAAUGAUCCGAAUAUCUGGUGCUGGGUGGUACAGGUACAUUCCUGCCGGCCAUCCUUUUUGCUCAGAUAAGACCCAGACCCGGAUGCUCACAUCAGAAAGAGACCCCCUUGUGCAACUGGGAGAAUUUCUUGGUGCUAGCACAUUCAUAGAGGAGGCUACAAGUCAGCCCGAUGUUUCGAUCGGACUGUCCACAUGGUUGAUCAUUUGUUACAAGAGAAUAGAUGAUGACCAAAAUCUCCACCGCUAA